AUGCAUCCUACGCAAAAGGUCAUCACCGACACCAAUAAGUCUCCUUUAAUACAGGUCUUAACAUUGAUGUUUCUCGCUAUCUUCCUCCUGUCAUGCUGUGUCCGCAUAGGAACCAAGAUCUGUGUGAUCAAAACCCUGAGGGUCGAUGAUAUUCUUACCAUCGCCGCAACUGCCUUUGCAAUUGGGCAGUCUAUCGCUACUUUCAUAGCGUGUGAUAAUGGACUGGGGAAACCAGCUAGUAGAAUGCAAUCUAGCGAAAUUGCCAUAUUCUCCAAGAGCCAUUACGUGGCCAACACCAUGUUUAUCGCCUCCGCCUUCUGUUGCAAGCUAUCAUGCACAGCUGGUCUCCGGAUGAUGAGCCGAGAAAGCCAGAGAUGGGUUGUUUUUGGCUUUGAGGCCGUCGUUGGCGGGUGGGGAGCUUCUGCGCUUAUCAUAAAUCUUUUCCAGUGUGGACUACCUACGCCAUGGAUAUACACAAAUGAUAAAAGAUGUAUCGACCGAACCGCUUUCUGGACUUAUUAUAUCACCACAGAUAUUGGUGUUAUUAUUGCUUUUUGCGAAAACAUUCUGAAAAUCCAAAUACCAUGGUCUAAGAAGAUUUUAGUCAUGAGUGUUUUUGGCAGUCGUAUCCUUGUAACACCUGCAAUUGCGGUUCAAAUCUACCAUUCCAACAAGGCAUUCGCUUCCACCGAUUUCACCUUCGCGAACUGGAAAGCUGCUAUCGCUUUACAACUGGUCCAGUGCCUCUCCAUUGUCACUAUUUGCAUUGCCAGCUUUAAGCCCCUUUUCAACAGCCUAGAAUCCAGCCAGAUCCAUAUUGAUGACCUUCGACAACAGGGCAAGUCUGGCAGCAGCAGCUACCUGAAAAGGAGGUACUUGGGACGAGCCAUGCCGCACGAGCAACUCAAGUGA